CGUAUGCGCAAUGGUGACAUAGUGUUGCCGACGAGCAAUCUGUCGCUGACCGAGCAAUCUUCUUCCGCUCCCCCUGCCAAGGCGAGGCAGCCAAAUAGCGCAUCCAGCCCGGCUCUGCAUGUUUCGUCCUUCUCCGCCGCCGCCCAAAGGGGCUAGCGUAUUGCCAAGAGCGGCUCCAUCCCAAUCUCUCAAUGGCGGCUGUGCUGGAGUAAGGCCCAGGAUGCGACUCAAGGCUGGCCGACUAAUGCUUGCUUCUCUCGAUACGGCAACCCUUUCCAAGGCCAUCUCCCAUCCCCAAUCCAUGGUUCAUUGCACGCUCCCACCGCCAACAUCAUCAUACCGCGGAAGAAAAAGCAGAAGCAACGACAAUUUCUCGAGCCCUGCAGUGGACACCCAACACAGGGCUCAAGUCCCAACCAUCCAGCAUAAAAAAGCAGAUACUUCCCAACAGCAGUUGGCUAUGACGCCGUCCUCUACCCCCCAAAAUUAGCUUUGACCACACAAGUCUUCUAUACGUGACG